AUGGGGACCGACAUCAUCGACCUCGUCUCAUCCAGUCCACCACCUCUGCCACGGCCCGUGGCGAUGGCGUCUGGGACGGGCAAUGGGUCGUCGAAGCGGCCGUCCAAGAACGAACCUGCAAAGGAAGCUGGCCUUUUUCCUCUCCGUGGUCUCGACCCUGACCGCUUCCGUGGCCUCGAAGGCUCCAGUUUCCCGAGACCAGAUACCCUUGGAGAGGCUACGGUGACGAACCAUGCUCCCUCCCAACUCCAUGCGGACGACAGCCUUCAUCGUUGCACCGUUGCUGGACUGGUUGCCAAGCACGACACCACGCAACCUUCCGCCGAGGAGGUGGAUUACAUUGAUAUCUCUCACUUCGGUCGUGAUCCUGCAUCAUCUCUGAUUUCCGAGGCAAACGAAUCGGCGAUGCUGGCGAUUGUCAACACAGAGGCCCACGUCGUCUCCGAUUUUGGCUGCGGCGACGAUGACCUCGAUUCACCAAUGGCGUCCGAUCACCACAGGAAACGACGUCGAAUCGAGUUUUCGGUUCGACUGCCGCCGCCCUUGACUACCAUUCAUGCUUCUCGACCGACGUUACCUGCCGGCCGCCGUCCCCCUCUCGGUCGUCGAGCCGUCGAUCCGAUCGAAGUCUCAAGCUCCAUGGAACAGUCGUCUCCAUCGGGUGGGAUGGUCCGGGCAGAGCCUUUGGGAAAACGGAGCGUUUCGAUGGAUGCAGAUCCGUUUGCCAGCUCCCCCGAUCCGGCGGACAGAGCUCGGCCGAGCAGAGGAGCACCUGGCUAUCGGCACACACGCAGUAGGUCGCUCACACCCGUCGACCACUCGCGGAUGCUAGCAACUCGUCGGGACCAAUUGCCGUCUGCCGUGCAAAGUGCGGCGGCGCUGCCCCGGAGCUCGACGUCACCGUUCCCGGAAGAACGACGGGUAGAUGCACAAACAAACGUCAUUCGCCGUCCGUCUUGCACGCUUCCUCGUGAAUGGACGAGAGUCGUUUCCGACAAUGUCAUCAUCAGCAUUGACGACUCCGAUUCGUCGGACCACUCCGACGACAGUGCCUUGACCGACAUCGGAGACCUCGGCCUACCCAGGCGGCCCUCCGUGACCCGAGCGCCUCUCGACCGAUCGCAAAGCAGCGGUGCCGUGUCGACAUCCCGGCCCGGCACGGGAGUGAGCCGGAGGAAAGCGACCAGAGGACCGCCGGCGGAUAAGGCGGCGCGCGAGGCGGCCAAGGUGGCGAGCAAGGAGCAGCAGAGGCGAGAGAGGGCAGAGGCCAAGGAGGCCAAGGCCAGGGAGAAGGAGCGGGCCGCUGCGCUCGCGGCGGUGAAUAAGCUUAGGACGAACAAGAAAAUCUCGACGCCGGAAAUGAUAGUCGACCUGCCGUCUGGUCUGGCACCGGAUCAGAGGGUCCAAACCGAAACUAUUCUCGAGAGUCUCGGUGUUGAAUUCACAUGCUCGCAAAGCUCGGGUCGGAGCAUCAUCAGAUGGCGCCGAAAGGUUACGAGCCGCUUCGACGACGACCUCGGCCGUUGGGAACCGAUCCCGCCAUGCAUCCGGGACGAAAGGCAGGUUCUCGUCAUUGUCGGCGCCGACGAGUUCGUCGACUUGGCGACAAAACAUGGACUCGACGACCACGUUGCCGACAUCAAAGACGAGUUUCGUGACCACGACGUCAUCUACCUCUUACAAGGAUUGGUCCCAUGGAUGCGCAAGAAUCGGAACCUGCGCAACCGCCAGUUCGUCUCCAAAGUCCGCGGCCAUCAGGCCCCCACCGCGCCGCCGGGCCGCAGUCGACGAAACAAUGCCGAAUACGUCCACGAGGAUGCCAUCGAAGACGCGCUGCUGCGACUGCAGGUCGAACACGACGUCUUCAUUCAGCACGCAACCAUCGCGGCCGAGACGGCCAAGUGCAUCGCAACCUUGACGCAGCAAAUCUCCACCAUACCCUACAAGAAGCAAAGGGACCACGCAAUGUCCUCGGCCGGGUUCUGCAUGGAGGGUGGCCAAGUCCGCUCGGGCGAUGACGCCGAGGACACGUACAUCAAGAUGAUGCAGGAGAUUGCGCGAAUCACGGCCCCCAUUGCGUACGGCGUUGCUGCAGAAUUCGGCAGCGUCACGAAGCUUGUCGAGGGCCUCGAGACGGGCGGACCCGAAACGCUCGAAGGCGUGCAGAGAAGUACAGACCGGCAUGGGAGAUUGUCCGACCGCGUCAUCGGGCCAGCCGUGAGCAAGAGGGUUUACAAGGUGUUUAUGGGUCGCGACGAUACAAGCACGGACGUGUAG